AUCAAAUUUAUUAUUUUUCAUUUACAGAAGAUCAUAACUAUUUUUAUUAUUCUACGUGUAAUAUUGCAUUUAUAACAAAGAUGGCAAGUGAGCAAAGACUUGAGGCUUACCAAAAAAUUGAAAAAAUAGGAGAAGGGACUUAUGGUGUUGUUUAUAAAGCUAGAGAUCGCACUACAAAUGAAUUUGUUGCUUUGAAGAAGAUAAGACUGGAGUGUGAUGAUGAAGGUUGUCCAUCAACGGCAGUAAGAGAAAUAUCCAUACUGAAAGAACUCAGGCAUCACCCUUUCAUUGUAGAACUGCUUGACGUUAUUCACCAAUCUGGAAAAUUAUAUUUGGUGUUCGAAUUUUUGUUAAUGGAUCUCAAAAAAUAUAUUGAUACAGUUGGUGGACCUAUUGACAAAGCUUUAGUUAAGAGUUACACUUAUCAAAUCUGCAGUGGCAUAGAGUUUUGUCAUGAGCAUCGUAUAAUCCACAGAGAUUUGAAACCACAAAAUUUGUUAAUUGAUUCGAAAGGAUUAAUAAAGCUUGCCGAUUUUGGUCUUGGUCGAGCUUUUGGAAUCCCUGUUAGAGCCUAUACACAUGAGGUUGUGACAUUGUGGUACAGGUGUCCUGAAGUAUUGCUGGGAGGUAAAAGAUACUCUUGUGGCAUUGACACUUGGAGUAUUGGAUGCAUUUUCGCAGAAAUGGUAAACAGGAAACCAAUAUUUCAAGGAGAUUCAGAAAUUGAUGAAAUCUUCAAAAUUUUCCAAAUAAUGGGCACGCCUACCAACGAAAUAUGGGAUGGUGUAGAAGAUCUUCCGGAAUAUAAAUCGGUGUUUCCUAAAUGGAAACAACAAAAUCUACAAAAGCUUUUGCCAUCUUUGGAUCCUGCAGGAAUUGACUUGCUACAGAAAUUUUUAAUCUAUAAUCCUGCCCAACGUAUAUCAGCCAGAAAAGCCAUGAAGCAUCCUUACUUUUUUGAUUUUGAUCCAUCAACUUUACCAAAAGUACCAGAAGACCUGUAGAUGCUUGGAAAUAAUUUUCAAGCCUUUUAGUAUCUUUUCAUAUCUCGUUCGUGGUGAAUUAGAAGACAGUAUAUUCGCAGAAAGACGCGUAAAUCAAGUUGAAGAGGUUAUCUUUAACUGAAACAAUAUAUACAUGUUCCAUGAGCAUAUUAUUUUGCUACUGUAUAUAGAAAUUUAUACUUUUACUAACAAUAACACAAUCUAGUAAAUAUUUUCUGGUAUUUUUUACCGGUUUUAUAACAUCUAGAAGCUACCAUUAAAGCAAGCCUUUCUUUAGAAAAACAUUUUGUGCAUAUAAAAAACUACCCGUUGGAUAAUUCAAGUAUGUGAACCAUUCCUCCCAAAUUCUGUUUUCUUGCACGUGCUAUCACGCACCUAAAUCAAUUUGAGGUGUGUGAACGUGUUAUAACAUUUCUUAAGAAAAAACUUUGUAAAGCGUUUCUUUGUUUUUAAUUGACUUGGUAGAAAUCAUAGGGCGCUAACUUUUGUUGGUAGUUCUUUUAAAUUCCACGUACGUAUUUUACAGAUUAAUUUAUUGUCAUUUUUUUGUUAUUACAUUGUGAGUCAUA